UAGAGGUUAAGCUUCAUCUGGUAGUGGCCUCUAAUUCAAUCGUGGCAAAGGCGGGUCCUCAAGAUCACUGGUUAUCGAGUUAAUUUUAACUUAUUUUGCACGGAUGGCGCAAAGAAAACUACCGCUGUGGAUGCUACAGGUUGGCAAAGAACAAAAUGAUGCAAGCAACAUAGCAGGCGGGAAGGAGAACAAAUCGACUAAAGAUCUUAUGGACGGCAAACUGAAUGAAGAGUCCACACCCGGUAAACAUAACGCACAAAACCACUGUGAAACCAUCCCUAGACGCCCUUCAACUGUUGGGCAGUCGAACAUCCAGUCGAUUUUUGCUGGUAUCGACAAUGACGGACCACCGGCGAAACGAUUGCGUAGUAAUACCAAUAUAUUGCCCGACAAGUUGAUCCCGCUUCAACAGCAGCCAAUUGAAUAUCUGCCGUUUGUGGAUUAUGCAGGUAGCAUCGAACAUUAUACUAUUUUGCCGGAUGUGGCCCACAGCAGUCAGAUGCUUUUAACAUGGAUCGAUAGGAAGGCAACCGAUGCCAAGGUGCCGAUUGCAUUUGAUCUUGAAUGGCCAUUUAGUUUCAAAACCGGUCCUGGACGUACUGCUUUAUUGCAGCUAUGUGUUGAACCCGAUCGCUGCAUCCUAUACCAGCUAUCAUGCCUAAAGCAUUUACCAAUAGCAUUGCUGCAGCUUCUGCGCCACGAGCGAGUAAUACUUCUCGGAGUUAACAUAAAAAAUGAUCUCCGGAAAUUGGCCCGAGACUUUCCCGAGGUGUCGCCUGUUGAUAGCAUCAUCGAGCGAUGCAUUGAUCUUGGCCAGUUUUACAACAAGCUACAUAAUCGUACCGGCAUUUGGAGCAUGGACCGUUUGGUGCAACAGGUGUUAAAACAACGUGUCAAUAAGGACAAACGAGUUCGUAUGAGCAAAUGGGACGUUCUGCCACUGAGCGAGGAUCAAAAGCGAUAUGCAGCUAUUGAUGUUUAUAUAACACUUCUAUUGUAUCAAGAAUUGGCUAAUGAGCAACGUGUACUGGAUGAGCAAGAAAACAUUCCGUUUUAAUUCACUUAAUUACCCGGCUGGACUACUUAUCAGAUUUCAGCUCACAUUUCUAUCAAUAGUAAAAGAACGAAUGGAAGCUGACCAAAUUACUGUCGUUUAAUUCCAGAAGAAAAAUAAAAAAAAUCACAAAAUAAGUAUCAAU